CAAAUCUCAAUUUUCAUUCACGUCCAUAAAAACAAUACAGCUGGGGAUUCUACUGUAAAAUAGUUCGGCAAGUCAUACUUCCGGUCCGUACUUUUUUAAAGCCCUGACGGAAACAAACUGCGAAACUCUGUGUGAUGGAUGUUCCGCUUUUGUAGAAUGAAAAAUGUUGGGUGUUAAAAAUUAAUGCCAGCUACUUUUUCUUUACCUAAAUGAAAGCGAACACACUAUAGGUAUUUUUUUUCUUCGAUAAAAUACAUGUAUAAUGUUGAACGCUAAUACAGUCACCAGUAACAUAUCAAGUAAUGACCAGUUCACUGUGAGCACCGGCUUCUGCUAUCUUUACAUAUUUAUAACGCAACACGUUCUUCAUAAUGGUUGUACUUCUUCGAAAUCUGCAAAAUGUUGUUCCAAUUCGUCGUGCCAGGUUGCGUAAAGAUGUAGAGACGCUGAAACGCAUUUUGGAAGUUCAAAGAUUUGACAUGGGCAUUGUGUGUGUGGACAACCGCAAAAUUCAACACAUCAACAACAUCUACAGGAAAAGGAACAUGCCAACAGAUGUGCUCUCAUUCCCCUUUUAUGAGGACCUGAGACCAGGGAAGCUUCCAUGUGCCCUUCACAGAGAUGAGUAUAAUCUAGGAGAUAUUUUCUUGGGAGUAGAGUAUGUCAUGCAACAGUGUCAAGAAAGAUCCUGGGAUUUUCAUGAAACCCUCACAGUAGUAGCUGCACAUGGACUGUGUCACUUGCUUGGGUACAGACAUGAGACAGAGGACGAGUGGGAUGAGAUGUUUCAGAAAGAAAAUUACAUCCUGCGCGAGUUCAACAGACUAACCGGCAGUCAUCUUGAGCCUCUAACAAAGAGAUGCACAGCAGACAGGUGAUUCUGGAAAGGCUGCACUGAAGACAAUGGACAUGAAGGCAAAGAAUAAAAGCAAAGGAUUGGGGGGGGGCACCCAACUUGCUGUGCUACUAAAGCGUGACUUAGUCAACAUUAAAACAAAUUGUGUAUUCCUUUUAUAAAUAAAUUUUAUUUUUAAAAUGCAA